AUGGGCUAUUAUUGUGAAUUCUGUAAUAAACUCUUCACUACAUUUGCAAAAGUCGGACUUCAUAUAACUGAAAAUCAGCAUAUAUACAAUAAAGGCACACAACUCUUAAAACGCACGCCCGAUGGUAUUAUAGCAUUCGGAAACACACUUAUAAGCGACGAGGCAUGGAAUGGCUUCAUUGAACAAACUUGCUGUUUAUGUAAUACGGAAUUUGAAGAUAAAUGUAUACAUAAGGCAGAACAAUUUCAUGCACUUAAUUUGAUAAAGAUUAAGAUUGAUUUUGUUGAUAUUUUUUGCUAUCGCAAAAUUGAUGACGAGACUUAUCACUGUCUCACAUGUAACACAGUACUCGCGCCAAAAACUUUUCCUAGUCAUUUCGAAAGUCCUGAUCAUAACACGAAAUACCGUGAAUGUUACGAGCUCGGUAUUAAACUUGUCGAUAAAACAGAAUCGGUUCAGGAGAACGUUGAUAACACUGAAGCUCCUUGUAAAGCUAAAAAGGUUGAUGUAUCUAAUGAGGGUACACAGGCAGAUUUAUUAAAAACUGCUGAAGGAGCAGUCGAUGAAUCAGAAUCAAUUCAGAAGAUAGUAGAUAAAACAAAAGUUUCUGCUAAAACUAAAAACGCUGAUGUAUCUAAUGAGGGUAGACAGGCAGAUUUAUUGAAAACUGCUGAAGGGGUAGUGGAUGAAACAGAAUCGGUUCAGAAGAAAGUUGAUAAAACUGAAGCUCCUGCUAAAGCUAAAAAGGUUGAUGUAUCUAAUGAGGGUAGACAGGCAGAUUUAUUAAAAACUGCUGAAGGGGUAGUGGAUGUCACGAGUACUGGUAGCCGAGCCGAAGUAUCCAAAACUGAUGACGGGGCAGGGGUAUCCAAAGUUAAACAAACGAAAACAAAUCAAGCAGUAAAAAUAAAGUUCGUUAAGAAUCUCAAGGAGUUAGAUGCGAUUUACCUGCAUUCGUUGGGUGCCAAGGAUUAUAUCAAACAACUCCGUGAAGGCGGGAUGUACUGUUUAGUAUGUGGAUUGCUAAUGAUGCGCAGUGAGGUGUCUAAGCAUUUGAAAUGCCGACAUCACUCAUAUAUUCUUCAGAUGCACAAGGAUAAAUUGGAGAAUAUGACCAUGACGCAAAAAGAUAACGAUGAAAAUCUACGUAAUGAAACUGUAAAAACUUCUGAAGACGAUGUUAAUAGGAGUAAGAUAUUGGAUUCGCUGACAGAAUUCCAGGAGAAUGAUAUUAAUAUUGACUAUGUGAGUGGCACAGUAAUUUGCAAGAAAUGCUUGAAAGAUUUAGAAUAUAAUUAUGACAUUAUUAAAGGUCAUAUCGAUGAUCACAAGAUAAAGCCAAAUAAAAAAGAAAUUAUGCCAACUCCAGGCGUGUUUAAUCAAAAUAAAGUACAGGAGGGUCGCGGUAACACUCUAUACACAAAACCUGUAUUGUUGAAACGCAACGAAUCAGAUGAACCUCGAACAUCUAGAAGGUCUUCUGUUUCCUCUAAAGAUGUCGACGAAAUAGAAGCAUUCGCAAACAAGAACAAUAUGCACUUUAGUGAUAAUAAAGUUCACUGUAAUGUGUGUGGAACACAUCUGCCGCCAUCACUAAAGAAUCUUAAGCAGCAUAUUGAAGGCGCGAAUCAUAAAUAUAAAUUAAUAAAUACAGAUAAUGUUGUGGUUAAAAAGAGAGAAUUGACAAAGUUAUCUAUAUCUGACUUUGUAACAUCUGUUGUUUGCAUAGAAAAUAGUUAUUGCCAAGACCUCAUUAUAAAUGAGAAAAUAUGUAUAAACAUACAAAGUUUCCUAUUUUUUAAGUCCAUGACUCAUUCAACAUGGAAAUGCUAUGCUUGCGAUGUGACUAUUCCUAAUGAGGCACUUGAAAUACACAAAAAAAAUGACAGACAUCGUACUGCAUUGGCUGAAGCUAUAACUGUUACAUUGGCAUCCGAAUUCAUCAGAGAGGUUCGUUCGGAUAUUUACCAUUGCGGCUACUGCAACAUCGUCGAGUCAGAUUGGGACAGUAUGAGUGAACAUUUGGGCAGUGUUCAACAUAAAGAGAAUAAGACUGUAGCAGAAUGGAGGCUUCAACAGCAUUUGCCUAAUAUGAGAAGGCACGAAAUGAGACAGGACAUGCAUAUACUCGCAUUUCUUCGUCUGAUGGCUAAUGAUGGCUAUCUUCCAUAAUUUUUAAUUUAUAUGCUAUGUAUAGUUAUGUAUAAGGUGUAAUAUUAUUAUGUGCCAGGACU